AUGUCAGCCGGAGCAUUCGACGCCAACAAGGCGCAAAACCUGCCCGAGAUCGAGAAGCAGAUGGCCGUGCGCUGCGUCGAGCAUGCGCAGACCUACUGGAACCUCUUGGAGAAGAUCAAGCCCUCGACUCUUCGCCUGACCAAGCUCGAUGACGAGAUGUACGAGGACUUCCAGACCAGCUUUCCGGAAUUCGCAGAGUCGACCGACCCCAAGUCGGUGGUCAAGAUCGAUGAAGAGGCCAUGAAGAGCCCUGCUGGCAAGGAGAAGUGGAGAACCUUCAUCAACAAGUACGAGAACAAGGUCGCCGACUUCAACUUUGGCACAUUGAUCCGAACCGACGCUUCCGACGAAUACACUCAGUUCAACACCACUUUCGUCACGCGGCUUCAAUUUUACGUAUACGAGAUUGCUCGUUGCCGACGAGGCCUCAACGACUGGAUCUACGAGAAGGCGCAAAAGGAGGCUGCCAAGGAGAAGGCAAAGAAGGCCGCUUCCGAGUCGAAGUAA